AUUGGAGUAUAACUAUUGUUAUAAAUAGGGAUCGAGGCUGCUGCUGGCUGAUUUUACAUGUUUUCAAGGAAUUAUACCUGAGUAAUAUAAACAAAGUUCACCGAGGGGUCAUGAAAGAAAUGUCAGCGACCAAUAACAGUAUGCUUGGCGGGCAGCAGCCUCAGAAACAUUAUGGCAUCACCUCUUCCAUCAGCCUGGCAUUACCCAGAGAGAUUGACCACAUGCACACCCAGAAGCUCAUAGAGGCUCUGAAACCAUUUGGGGUCUUUGAGGAUGAAGAUGAGCUGAACCACAGAUUGGAUGUCCUAAGCAAACUUAACUCGCUUGUUAAAGAGUGGAUAAAGGAGAUCAGUGAAUCAAAGAAUCUUCCCCCUUCAGCGGUAGCGAACGUCGGAGGAAAAAUCUUUACGUUUGGCUCCUAUCGGCUGGGGGUGCAUACCAAAGGGGCGGAUAUCGAUGCCUUGUGCGUGGCUCCCCGCCACGUGGAGAGGGCCGACUUCUUCCAGUCCUUUUUUGAGAAGCUGAAGCAGCAUGAGGGGAUCAAAGACCUUCGGGCUGUAGAAGACGCUUUUGUGCCCGUGAUCAAAUUCAAGUUUUACGGGAUUGAGAUUGACCUGCUGUUGGCGAGGCUGGCUCUGCAGUCUAUUCCAGACAGCCUGAACCUGCGCGGAGACUCCCACCUGAGGAACCUGGACAUUCGAUGCAUCCGCAGCUUAAACGGCUGUAGAGUCACGGAUGAAAUCCUAUAUCUGGUGCCAAACACGGAGAACUUUCGCCUGACCCUGAGAGCCAUUAAGCUUUGGGCGAAACGCCGUGGGAUCUAUUCCAACAUGUUGGGCUUCCUGGGCGGCGUGUCCUGGGCCAUGCUGGUGGCACGGACCUGCCAGCUGUACCCCAACGCCGUCGCCUCCACACUGGUACACAAGUUCUUCCUCGUCUUUUCAAAGUGGGAGUGGCCUAAUCCGGUGCUUCUAAAGCAGCCGGAAGAGAGCAACCUCAAUCUUCCUGUCUGGGACCCACGGGUGAAUCCUGCAGACAGGUACCACCUCAUGCCCAUCAUCACGCCCGCCUACCCGCAGCAGAACUCCACCUACAACGUCUCCACCUCCACGCGCACCAUCAUGACCGAGGAAUUCAAAACUGGUCUCAGCAUCACAGACGAAAUCCUCCUCGGCAAAGCUGACUGGUCGAAGCUUUUCGAACCGCCCAACUUUUUUCAGAAAUACAAGCAUUACAUCGUUCUGACGGCGGGCGCGUCAACAGAGGAAAACCAUUUGGAAUGGAUAGGUCUAGUCGAAUCCAAAAUCAGAGUUCUGGUCGGCAAUUUGGAGCGGAACGAGUACAUCACCCUGGCUCACGUCAAUCCGCAGUCUUUUCCCGGGUCCCAGGAAAACCAUAGCGAGAGUGACUUCGUUUCAAUGUGGUUCAUUGGGAUAAUCUUCAAGAAGGUGGAAAACUCUGAGAGCGUGAACAUCGAUUUGACCUACGACAUUCAGGCCUUCACAGAUACUGUGUACAGGCAAGCAAACAACAUUAGCAUGCUGAAGGAUGGCAUGAAGAUCGAAGCCACGCACGUGAAGAAGAGGCAGCUCCACCAGUACUUGCCUCCAGAGCUUGUGCAGAAGAAGAAAAAGAGCAUUGCAGAGGCGAACCGCAGUUCCAGUGGGGGUGGUCCAAAACAGUCCUCGCUGGAUGGUAGUGUGCUGGACAGCUCCCACGACACGGACUCUGGUACCCCCUUCUGCUCCCCGACUCCCGCAGUCCGGCCCAACAGACCUGCCUCCGAGCUGGACGGCAGCAUCUCGCCGCCACCACUGCUGGACAGUCCGCUGGUCAGUGAGGUGCCUCAGCAGAAAGCGGAGCAAGGAAUGUCCAUCCCUGUCAUCGGCUCCACGCCUGUGGCUCCCCCUACUGGGAGCACCAUACCCACAGUGGUACGCAGGAGCGUGGGGACUCGUCCUGACCAUCCCAGUGCCGCCCAGGCUGACCCACACAAUGGGGUCUGUGUGCUGGCUUCCAAUGGCUCUACGCUAAAACGGCCGCACUCCCCCUCCCUAGAGGAGUCCCCGAAGAAACCAAAGGAUGCGGAGAAGUUACCGUCUCCGGAAGAUUCUGCAUUUAAGGAGCCACUCCGGCCGCCGGGCAAAGGGCAGGACCAUGGCGAUGGGCAGGAAACUCUGGGUGGGACUAAAGCCAUGCCGAUCCCGACCAUUGACACGGCCCGAUCUCAGAGGCUGCCCAGUAAGGAGUUACCGGACCCUUCCUCACCCCUCCCCACCAACAAUAUCCGUGUGAAGAAGAACUCCAUACGACUCACGCUGAACCGGUAGUGCGACCGGAAUCCCCGCUUACUCCCUCCCCGGCCCAUCGGCACCUGUGGCUCCCGUUUCGUUACCCGGCCAAGCUUCUGGGAGCCUGAGCUUGCUGAGGGCCUCUGAGUAAGAUUGCUGCAGGAAACAAGCCAAGUACCUGUUAAAUGUUUCCCCACCUCAUCCUAUUGGCCUCAGGAGUUUCCCGGUCACUCCUGGGGAUCACAUGACCUCCUCUGACAGAAGGUUAUUGGUUAUUUUUGUGUGUUUUGUUUUUUUUUUUUUGCUAUUUUCUUUCUUAUUUCAUUUCCAGUUUCAUUAAGGUUUCAGCCUGUUGGGGGGAUAAUAAUCGGGCGAAGUACAUGUAGUUGAUGAACAUAAUUGUCUUUAAAUUUGUUCGUCUUUCUGAAUUGUAGCUUUUAACUAAAACCUUUAAAAAAAAAAAAAAAAAAAAAAAAAAAAUGUAAAGUCUGCGUGAGGUUGUCCCCCAUUUCCCUGUUUAGAGGGGCUCCUGUAUGAUUUCUAACCCUGGGCAAUUUGGAUGACUGAACCACCCCCAGAUUCACAUGCUGGGGGGCCCAGUUUUCCCCCAAGUUAACCAAUGGGUGCUGGUGUUUGUCCUCUUCCAAAGUUUUUGUCAAAGAUGGGUUUGCUGUUGUUUUUCUUUUUCUUUUUUUUCUCCUCCCUCCUCUUCCUCUCUCUCCUUGGUGUGUAGUAGUGUUGCCACGGUUACUGUGGGGCACCCAGCCAGUUCACCUCCCAUGGAGGUCGUUAGCCAGCGCAGGCCGUGCCGUCGCUGAGCAGUGACCUCGCCGCCUGGUCUGCUCAGCUCGCCUCUCCACGGAGCAACACUGUAUUUAAAGCUCAUCCUCUCCUUGAGGUUCUUAUAAUUUUAUUCACAUUUUGCCUGUUUGUACAGUGUACUUUUUAUAUUCAUCAGAACCAUCGCCAUUUUCAGUUUCCUGGUCCCAGCCCCCCACCGUCCAAACAGCCCCACACGGGGCGGCCAGAUGACUGGCAUCCAUUCUGCGCAGUUUGUCAGGGAGGGGGGGUAUCAGUAAAGAAUUCUUUUGUAGGGCAGUUUAAUUGUAUUUCAAAUGUAUUUUUGUAUGUCAUGUAUAAUAUUUCCGCCUUUAAAAUAUGACCAUAAAACCAAGUAAAACCCCAAA